AGGACAUUGAGUGCCUCCUCCCCUGUGCGUAUUUUUUGCCCCGAAACUGGCGCAUCCUUAGCGACUCUGCGUCCCGUAACCGGACAUCCUGCUGUGGCUCGAUUGCGCGAUGGAGACUAGCGUGUCGAUUUCCCCGCCUUCACGGGUGCUCCGCCUCGGCGAGGUGGAGUUGCACAUUGGCCCGAAGCCCUGGCCGGCCGGGCCGCCCCCUCUCGCCGAGGAGGAGGGUGCCUGGCCGGGACUGCUGCUCGUCGGGGCGCGGCAAUUUGCCCGAUUGGCCGAGGCCGCGGGCGCGACGCCGAGCGCUUUUCUCUUCCUGGAGGCCGCGGGGCUGAUGCUCCGGGUGCGGCCGGACCCACGCGCCGGCCCCCUUGGUCUGCUGUCGGAGGAGUGGGUGCGGCGCCUUUUCCCCCCCGGUCGAGAAGGGAUGCUGGAAGUGCGGCACCUCCAGCCACCGGAAUUGGAGGCCGCCUGCUUCGCAGUCCGGUUGGCGGUCGGGGACCAGUCGGUGUCGGCCGGCUCGCAGACCGUUCCCUUUGCAUCGGUCGAGGCCGCGCUCAUGGAGGCAGUGGUCGCGCGAGGGAGCCUGCUCCGUGCAUCGGAUACCUUCCGGUUGGUCAUCGACUUGAUCGAGCUGGAUGUGGCAGUGACGGAGUUGCGCAGGAUUUCUCCUCCGCGGGCAGGGGUCUCCUGCGGCUGGGUGGGCCCUGGGUCCCGGGUUCUGCUGGCCGCCAAGGCCGAUGGACGGGUGGACUUGCUGAAUGCGCCGGUCAUGGUGACACUAUCGGCCCCGGAAGGAGCGCGCCCCGAGAGUGAACUCCACAUCCUCUACCCGGACUAUCAGCCGGCCCACAACCUGGAUGUGCUGCUGGCAUCGGCCGAAGGCCCGGCAGGGCGCGCGCUCCUUGCCUGGCAAGCGGCCUCCGACCUUUCCGGGCUCUAUGUGCGGCAUGGGGAUCGCGUCUUCCAGGUUCGCCUUUGCCCGGGUGCUGGACCCGGAGGAAUGGGGCUGCGGGGAGGGCGGCGUCUGCUGGCGUCCAUGGCUCGCCGGGCGCAUGGUCGGCCGGUGUCGCUGGCCGUGUGCCGCCCCCCGGCCCCGCUGGCUGUCGUCUGGCUGGAGACCUCUCGGGACAUCGAGCAAGUGGACCGGAGCUGGCUCCUGGCCGAGCUGGCUGGGGCGCCCCUGCGCGUGGGCCAAAUCAUUCGGUUUACAUCGCCGGCAUACUGUGUGCGAGUGGCCCGGCUCAUGGACCGGGACUUUGGUGAUGUGCCUUACGGGACGGCCAGCGAUGGGCCGUCCGAUGAUCGGACUCUCGUUUAUGUGCAGACGCCGCGCGGUCGGCCGGAGGCCAUGCCCCGGCUGGCGUCCAUUACAUCGGGCCCGGGGGAGGAGGCUGUGAUGCUGCUGGAACCGGUGGCCGGCCAGGUGGACCAUCCGCCGGGAACUCUCUUGGUGUCUGAGCCGGCCUUCCGGCGCAUGGCCGGGCUGGUGGGCCAGGACUCGGGGCCCGUGCGUCUCCAAUACCGAGGCAUGGUGUUCGAUGUGCGACCGAGCAAAGGGGUCGCCCGCUUUGCCGUGGAGACCCACCCGCGGGAAUUCAUGCUCAUGGAUGAGCCGGGUCCGUUCACUUUGAGUCCUGCGCCGUGGGUGCCGGUGGCGGCCUGCAUGGUGGUGGCCUUUGCCGCGGCGCCAGGCGAGGUGGCCGGCGCUGGCCGGCCCUCGGGGGACCUUUUGAAGGGCGACUUCCUGGCCACCCACGCCGGGGGGACCAUGCAACUGGGCCGGACGCUGCCCUUCGUCUCGGGUGGUCGCCGGAUGGUGGCCACUGUGCAUCGGCUGACGUGGCCCGGCACGCCGGACACCGAACGACCGGUCGGCUUGCUGGGCGUGGGGCAUCCGCCGCGCGGCGUUCGGGCCAGGCCCCCCUCAGGGCUCGAGACAGACAUCGACAUGGCGGUGCCGGGGGACCCUGCUCCGGCAGGGGGCGCUGGCAUGCCGGCUCCGGGGGAGGGAGUGUGUGCCACUCGGGGCCAGGUGCGGACCGAUACCGAGGUCGAGGUACUUCUCGAGAGGCAGUCCAGCGACAUGGCGGAUGGGGCAUUUUGCACGCCGCCAGACCAUGGCCCUGGGUCUGGGGAAGGCCGUGGGAAGAGUCCAGGCAGGCCACCGGGCCAGCCCGGCCGCGGCUGGCUACUUGUGUCUCGUCCCGGUCGGGAGUCCGAUGCACUGGGAGCCUGUUUGGAAGUGCGGGCCAGUCCGUUGGAAAGAUUCCCCCCUGGCCGGGCGGCCGUCAGUCCGGAGUUCUACCUGCGCAUGCGGGAGUGGCUGGCCGAUGGGGCCGAUGCCUUUCUCCAGUGGGGCGACCAUGUCCUGCUGGUCUACCCGGAUCCCGAUCCCCGCUCGCCGCUGACCGAGGGGCAGAUUACCAUCAGUCGGUGGGACUUUGGGCGGAUGUUUGCGCUGGGGCCGGUGUUUUUGGCCCAGGCGACUGCCCGGCCUCGGCAGGUGAGCCAGAUUGAGUUGCAUCUGCUGUCGCCGGUGCCGGGCUGGGAGGGCGAGGAAAUCGACCAUUCGAAUCUGGCACGGGCCUUUUUGGACCAACUGGAUGGCUCCGUGCUGACGGUGGGCCAGGAGGUGGAGCUGGCGGUGUCGCAGGGGCGCCUGGCGUCGCGGGUAGCCCGACUGGUGGACGUCCAGCUGCGGCCGAUGCCUUGCGGGCUCUUGAGCCACGGCGAGACCUGGGCCUCGGUGUAUGUGAGCACGGUGAGGCACGAUGUGCGGGUGGGAAACCCGCCAGCCUCGAUCCUGCUGCGGCUGCCCAUGCUGACCGAGGCCGUUCGGCUGCCGGUGGCGACCAAUGUCAGUCCCAUUCACACGGGCCCCGAUGGGCUCCAGGUGACGGGGGACACCUUGGCCGCCCUGCAGGGCCACUUCCUGGACCGGGACAGUCCGCUUUUUGUCGACAAAACGCUCGAGAUUACGGCCCUGUCCAAUCCCCGGCUUGGGCUCCGGGCCAACCACAUCCUCGUCGGAGUGAAUGUGCUGCGUAUGAUAAACGGGACCCUGCGGCUGACCUGCAUCGAGCCGCCCGAGCUGCUUACCCUUUCAUGCGAGGUCACCUGGACUGGCUGGUUCGGGGUGCCGGUGCCGGAGCAGAGCAUGCUGGAGGAGUUGCUCCUUCAGGCGGUAUCCGGCUCGAAUGUCCUUCGAGCACAGCAGGUGUAUCCCGGGCCGCCGGCAUCAUCGGAGCUGCUGUUCACCAUGUCUCGGUUGGUGGGCGACGACCUGGCAGAGUGGAACCUGGGAACCAUGGUCCCGGGGAUGACCCGGAUUACGUUCACGUCGCUGGAGAAUUCCGGGAUGGAUCUGACACCGCGACCGCUGGAGAUGUCGCUGCUGUGCGCCAUCGGUCGCAUGCCGCACCUGCGUGUGGAAUUUACCCGGACACCGACGCCGCUGUACCCGGGGAUUCUCCUGCCUCGGGAGGUGCUGCAGUUGGCACGCGAAUCGGUGGCCGCCGGCUCGGCCGGAAUGAUGGAUCCCCUGCCGGAGGUCCUAUUCUUCGUGUGCCGAGGACGGGUGUUUGUGGCGCGGCCCUCGGACACGCAUGACACCCCGGGGGUGGUGCGCGUUUGCCGGGACUUCGAGAGCUUCCUCGCCCGGGACUCGGGGGGCAUCCUGCACCUGCCGUUUCUCUUCUUCCCCACGCAUCUCAGCAUCGUCCAUAUGAGGGUGGCUUUGCUGGGGGCCGGGGGGACGACGGGCGGCUCGGACCCGGACGAUGAGCCGGUCGACGUCGGCCUGGCCCUGCGCGACCUGAGGAGGGCCAUGGAGGCGGCCUUCCCGGACAGCAGCAUGGCCGUGUUGGAGCGGCGCUCCUUUGCCUGUCCCCGGGGGGUGAUUGUCUUCACGCCGGAGCUGCUUUGGGACAUCCACGGGCAGGUGGUGCCAUGUGGGAUAUUUUGCCCCGGCGAUACGCGAGUGCACUUCCGCCUGAAGGGCAUCAUCCUGUGUCCGGGCGGGAAGCCGGCCGAAUGAGGCCCUGGAACUAAACAAGUUACCCCGAUCGUCAAACA